AUGGUGUCAGAAGUAGUGAUCCUGAGAGCGGUGCGAGGUCGAGACGCGCGGCUGCCGUGCGGCCAGGGGAAGGUCUUCCUGGAUGGCCCCGAGUCCUACAUCCUCUGGCUUAGAAACGACCUUGAAUACCUCUACCGGUUCCCGCUCGAAAACUCUGAUAAGCGGAUUGCCCUUCGUAACCACGUGUUUGGUACUCCCUGCGAUUCCGGCUUCUGUCAUGACUCGACCUCGUUGCUCAUCAAGAAGGUUUCUGACCGCGACGCUGGGCUGUAUCGCUGCCGAGUCCACUACCAAGCUUCUCCGUCUGUCGACUACAUCAUCGAAGUUAGGCUGGUUGAGUCCCCCGGGUUGCCGAAGCUUUACACUGGCGAUGGAAGUCCGAUCAUCCAGGGCUACGUGGGUCCUCUGAGCCUUGGCUCCAACCUGGUGCUGACGUGCGAAGUCAAGGAUAGUAAGAGCACAAAGGUGCCAGAAACGGAGGUGUACUGGCGUCGCAACGGCUUGGUGACGAAGCGUGCCUACGUGUACCAGCCAGGCAUACUGCGAGUUGACUUGCACUUGAACAACUUGACCCGAUCUGACUUGGAUGCACACUAUGAAUGCUUGGCCCAAAACUCUGACGUUACGGAGCCUCUGAUUGCUGGUGUGGUCAUUAAGAUGUACUUGCCGCCAAUGAGCGUGGAAAUCCGUUUGAACAACAACUAUGACUUCGAGGCUGGCCAGCCUCGCGUGGUGGAUUGUGUCGUCAUCGGCUGCGUACCCCCGCCUGCCAUCACCUGGCACCUUGGAGACACCAUGCUUAGACCCACCGUGCACAAGGAACUCCACGACGGAAACUACACGGUAUCUUCGCUGACGCUGGCGCCCUCUCUCCGCGACGACCAGAAGAAGCUGGUCUGCCGAGCUCACAACUCUCACCUUCCCUCCGAGCGCUUCGUGGACAAGGUCACCCUGAAUGUUGGAUACCGGCCGGUCUGCCAAAUGGGUCGCGAGGAGAAGAUUGGAGCUGUAGUCAGGGAAGCCGAGACUGUGACCUGCACCGUGGAUGCCUCUCCCGAGCCAAUGCAGUUCAGCUGGACUUUUGCCGAUUCUACCACCUUGUACACCGGUGUCACUAAAGUCCCCGGCUACCCUCAUAGAUACUCAUCGACCCUGACUUGGCUGUCACGCGAGGGAGACAUUGGACAGCUUCACUGCCGUGCUACCAACAGCUUCGGAGAACAGAAGAAGCCGUGCAGUUUCAACAUCACCUCUGGCGGGCCUCCCUCACUUCCCGACUGCCGCGUGUCACGGACUUACCCGAACGCUUUACGAGUGCAAUGCAAGAAAGGCUGGGACGGCGGUCGUCCCCAAAGCAUUCACCUCGAAGUCCUCGAUGAAGACGGAACACCAGUGCGAAACGUGACGGACGUGGCCGGCCACUUCUUCCUACCCGAUAUCGUGUACUCGCGCAAUAUGACGGCUGUCUUAUAUGCUACCAACUCCCGAGGCAAGAGCGUCGAGAAUGUUAUUGCCCUGCAGUCUUUGAAACCACCACCGGCUUCAGCUCUUAACAACUAUAUGACCAGUACUUGGAUGCCGUAUGUGGAGGCGCUCGUGGGGACCUUGGCGUUCAUCAUCGCUAUUGUAUCUAUCAGCCUCGGAACUAAAGUCCUGAUGGCAAGACGACAGAGUGCGGCCAUGAACCCUGACAUCAUACCACGCAAUGACGGAGUUUUCCAUCGGGAGCCGGACUUCAUCCGAGAUGAGCGGUUACUUGGACGAACGAAUAUAACUGUGAAUCAGAUGGCCGCAUGUCAAAAUCAGUACUCUUCAUCACCUCUGCCGGCUUGCCGAGUCCUUGUAGACUGUGGGACACAUUCGUCUUCUGACUCUUGCCCGUCAAGCCCUCACUCAUACUACGUCUAAACACCCUACGAUUUCAAACACCAACUUGUUUCCAUGGAACUACGGAUGGUAUAAGAAUCUCUGUGUGGUUGCAAAUUAUAAUAUCAACGGCUAAAGCCGCAUGCAUACACGUGGGCGUUGCUAUAUCUCUACGAUGAUUAUGUACACUACCUUACUUACUGACUGCAGUAUUUCUACUACCACUGUAAUCAUGAACUAAGUUUAACAACUUUCUUUCUGUCGACAACCAAUGCAAUGAUUAAAACGGCUUACGAGAAACCGAUUUGUAGAUUUAAUCUAUGUAAGUGUUUAACAUUUUGAUGUUUUGAGUAGGUAGUAGCAAUUUACGAUGUUACAUUAUUAGAGGUUUCAAAUACGUAGUAAUACCUAGUAACUAAGUCCACAGUAAUCACUUAAACUGUGUUUCUUCUACACUUAAAUCUGCAUAUCAUUUUGAAGUUAGUUGAGUGAAAUUAAAACAGAAUUAGGCCAUAAUUAUUUUUAGUAAGUACAAGACUUCAACUAUGCUUUAUUUCAACGUUCAGUUAUCAGAUGGAUUAUCGAUUCUAGUCUAAAAAUAUUUAAAAGAUUAACAAUAAAAUAACGGAAAUCGAGCUUUUGGUCCAGUAGUUUUCAAAAUCGUUAACAGAUAGAUGUAGAAUAUAAACUGUACUUUAGGUAGUUACAAAUCUGUAGGUACGUAUUUAAUUAGUGUGAUUAAAAAUAAUCAUUCGUGAAAAAAUAUAUUCAUCAGUAGUAAGUAUAAAAAUCAUAGUUUCUCUGGAAUAAUUCAAAUGACAGGCAUCUGGGUAUUUAAAAUUAUAGGUACCGAGGGAGCCUAUUUUUUUUUUAAUAAAUCCUUUCUCAUAAACUUUGAAGGUUUUGUAAGUGAUGGAGAAAUUGGGAGUAAGAAGGGUUGGAACUAAUAAAGCUAAGCCCAGUCAGGUACAAGGUAACAAGUGGACCUUGGACGACUGUAUUUGAAGUGAUAUAGGAAUAAGAAGCUUUUGUCUAUGGUAGAUUCGAUUGGUGCUUUUGUCCAGAAAUGAAAUAUUACUAACAAGCAAAGGUUUAAUUCGUUGCUUAUCUGUUAAACAAAUUUUCAUUACUCAGAAAUUAUUUUCAAACAAAUUAAAUAAGAUUCACAUAUCAGGUAACAUUUCAAUAACCUAUGAAUACUUUUAGAUAUUACAGGAGCCUACCGUUGGAGAGGUAGGUCGUAAAAAUAGAAUAAUUACAAGUCAUCUAGUCAUUAUUUAACUUUACUUAUUUUUUUCUGGGAUAAGAUAACUUUAAAGUUGAAAAAGAACCUUGUUUGACGAUAACAAACCUGCGCAAGUUAACUGUUUUGUUAACUUACAAGCACUUGGGUACUUACAUAACUCAAAAAAAAAUAAGUAAAGUCGUUUACUUAAUAGAACUUUAAACGUUGUUACUAAUAAGCUCAUCUAUCGGCCAGUUUCUUCAUCAAAAGUUAAAGUUAAA